AUGUCGAGCUUCUUACGGCACCUCACGCGGGUUUCGGCAGGUGUUACCUUCCUGUCACUCAUUAUCCUGUUAAUACCACUAGCCUUUGAUGUUGGCGGCCGUGACUGCGGUCUUACAUACAGUCUCUCCCUCACAAUAUUCUACUUCCUACUGUCAACUACGCGGAUGAUCACACCAAACUCGCCCUGCUGGAGGGGCAUGCGCAUGCGCGUGUUGCUAUCUGUUGUGGGGGUAGCUCAGCAUUUGGUCAUUAUCCCUGGACUGCUUAUCUACGCGCUCAAUAAGUUUUCGGACAACGAAGGAAAUGGGGGAAAAAGCGCGGGCUACGUUCACGACGAGAGUUGGAACCCAUCGUGGGUGGACAAGCUGAGCAUUGUCCCCUGGGAUAAUUUUCUCACAUUCUCGACACCGGUGUUUCAGCUAUGUGAAGGCUUCUGUAGCUUGUUAGUUAUUCAGGCGGUGGGACAGAUUUCGAGAUGGCUAGUUAAUAGGAACAAGUCGGACAGUUGGAUGAUUGCACUAUUGGUCAUGUCAGGUUCUGUCAUCUCCUCAUCUGUCUACUUCCUUUGGAGAAUUACGACUUUCCCGGAAAUCGGUAAUAUCGAUGCUUCGCUCAUUGGUGUAGCUGUCACGUGUGCGAUCUUCUUGUGUGCCUACGGUAUCGGCUCGGGCAGAGGGAACCCUAUCGAGUCUUCUCUUCUCUUCUCAUACAUUGUCCUCUGUUUGUACCAAAUUUUCACGGACUAUAAGCCCUCGUCACUAGAUACUGCCGACGCCAUACCACCCGGAAAACCUGAUUUCCCACCAUUCCCACCUCUUAUAAUGGCAUCUUAUAGCUCUAUAGUUGCCUCGAUGUCCUCCUACCUUCCCGGAUUUCUGAGACAAAUCGCAUCAUUUGGAAUUAGCGCUGUUGCAACAAUUACACCGUCUGUGGUGAUCUCACUCGCAUAUAGGCUGUUUGUGUUUUACGCCUCGACGAGGAUUAUCCCUGCGGUGAGGGAUGAGAACAGUGCAAGUGUGAGAGGGGGAGAAGCAAUGUCAAGGAUCCUUGGCUGGUAUAGUCCGUGCAUUCUUGUGAGCGUGUAUACACAUUUAUUGAUGCAACAUCUCGAGAUUGCCGGUGGAGACGCGGGAGUGGGAGCUGGGAGCUGGGAAGGAGGAAUGCCGGCAGGAGGGCAGGUGUGGCGAUGGGUCAAUAUCGGCGCUACUAUGGUAUUGUAUGCAUUCGAGCUGAAACAUGGGGACAAUGACGGAGGAGAAUCGUUGACAAGCCAUUGGAAAACGGAUUAA